AACAUAUGUGAAGUUACGGAAAAACUCAAAGAUGGAGUAACCAGUCAGCUCAAGAGGUUGGCUUUAGCAUAACUUAGAUAUUUAAAAAAUCUUUCCUGAGAAAACAUGAAGAGAUGCUGUUGACUGAAGAGGUGAUUAAGCAUGAGUUUGUCUCGCUUUCAUCAAUUCCUGUCCAAGGGUCAACACAACAAGCAGGAAAUCGAGGAAGAUGUUCUCUUGAACAAUUCUCAGGAAGGUGUGAAAUGGUCCAGAUAUUUAGUGAAACUUGAAGUUGAGACCGUGAUGCGUAAGCGUCAGUUGUCUUCGAAAGUUUUACUUAAGACUAGUGUAACAACUGUACUUCUGAUAUGUUUAUUAUUCCUGACUUUUUACACCAUAGUUCUCAUAUUCUUCACCCCAAGUGUGCCAAUGGAUUAUAAUGAGUGGAGGGGACGUCAUCGAUUGAAGUUGAUUGCCAAGAUAAAGUCUGGUAAUGGAAGUCAGAGACAGUAUAACCAAAUUUCCAAGUCAGGGAUGUGGAAUGUGUCCAAUUCUGUCAAUAUACAUUUACCAGAACCUAGAUGUGAGAGCAAGCUUGUGAUAUUAAUUCUUAUUUGUUCCUCAGUGCAAAAUUUUCAUCAGAGAAAUGCAAUAAGGAACUCUUGGUGUAAAACAAAUUCAAACAACAAAUAUUCCUGGCAUUGUGUAUUCCUUGUUGGACAGGCAGAAGAAAGUGGGAAGUAUUUAGAACUGACACAAAAAUUAGAAAAGGAAAAAGACAAAUAUAGAGAUAUUUUGCAAGGCAGCUAUACAGAUACAUACAGAAAUCUUACAUACAAAGUGAUGCAUGGACUUACAUGGGCAACUGCUCAUUGUCACUCAAAAUUUGUUUUAAAGACUGAUGAUGAUUGCUUUGUGAAUACUCAGUUACUAUAUGAUUUAGUUUUACACCAUCAAGAUAUAAGCAGUCUCUAUAUAGGAAAAGUGACAAAUGACUUGGAGAAGAGAAAGGUGAUUCGUAAUGUUGAAAAUAGGUGGCAUGUUUCAGAGUUUGAUUACAGUAGAGAUUAUUAUCCACCUUAUGCAAGUGGAGCUGGGUAUCUGAUGUCUUGGGACACUGUUGAGAAAUUUGUAUCCAUCAGUCCAUAUAUCAAACCUAUUCCUAUUGAGGAUGCCUAUGUGGGAAUCCUUGCAGAAGCUAAAAAUAUCAUUCCUUCCAACUCUGGGAGAUUUGUUUUGAUGAGUAAUGGCUGGACUCUCUGUAAUUAUGCAUACUUAGUGGUCAUUCAUGGUGUGAACUAUCAAGACCAGGAGGGGUUGACCCACCGAUCUGUGCAGGCCACAGAGAAAUGUUUGGAGGGGCAGUCUCGGGGAGAAAUGUACACCUGGAAUUAGUUUUACUGGCACACUCUCAGAGAGACAGAAAAUUUGUUUGUUACCAAUGUGUUCAGCUUUACAUCUUUAAGAUCUGAUUUUCCCUUCGUCUUGCAUUUUGAUUUAAUUUGAUUCUGACCAACUGCUUCUAUUAGUCACCAUUGAUUUAUACCUCAAGAAAUUCAUGUUCACCUAGAUAAAUUCUCAUGAAAGAAAGUCAAAAAUUUUUGUUCCUCUUUUAAGUACCAGAUAUAGAUACAGAUGUCUGCUUUCAUUUUGGUAGUACAUUAUCAUUUUACAUUGUUAAACUAAAAAUUAUACAUAUCUAGAUGCUUUAUGCAGUAAUAGUUUUUAAAAAAACUGAAUUGC